ACGCCGCCAUCUUGUGGUUCAGUGUUGUCUUGUGUUAGUCUACAAUAUUACUCUUAUUAUAGCUCUCUACAAUACUCUUCUUGUACUCUACACUACUCUACUUGUACUCUACACUACUCUGCUUGUACUCGCGGCAUCACUGGUCUGUGGACCAAGGGAGACCUGGAGACCCUGGCAGACUGAGGGAUAGUAGCUGUCUGUGGACCACAGCUGCCUGGAACCAAGAUUGUGAUCAAGAUGCCUGUAAGGGGAAAUACUUUUAAAAUAUUUGUUGGUAACUUGAGUGAUCGUGCAACUGGCUCCGACAUCAGGGAACUCUUUGAAGCUCAUGGAACGGUGGUUGAAGCUGAUGUGGUAAAAAACUAUGGAUUUGUUCACAUGGAGAAGGAUGAGGAGGGUCAGGCAGCCAUAGAAGCACUCAAUGGACAUUCCCUGCACGGAAAGCCAAUGGUGGUUGAGGCAUCCACUGGUGCUAGGAAGGGCGGUAAUCAGAAGACAAAAAUAUUUGUUGGCAAUCUUCAUAAAGAUUCCAAACUUGAGGAGCUGAAGAGCCUCUUUGAGGUGUAUGGCAGUGUAGUAGAGGCUGACAUUUUGACCAACUAUGCUUUUAUUCACAUGGACGAUGAGGCUCAGGCACAGAGAGCAAUUCGUGAACUGGAUGGCUAUGAGCUGCAUGGUUUGCGCUUGAGAGUCCAAGAGUCUACUUCCCGAGUCAGGCAGCAAGCUGGAAUGGGAAAUCCAGACAUGUGUUACCGUUGUGGAUCUGGUGGACACUGGUCCAAGGAGUGCCCUAGGGAUGGUCGGAUUGGGGGCUUUCGUUUUCCUGAUCGUGAGCGUGGAGGCCGGAGCUUUGGAAGUAGAUACGAUCCCUAUCCGCCGCCACCACCACCCAGCUAUGCUAGGGAGCGUAUGUUGCGUUUCAGGGAUGAUUUCGAUCGAUUUGAUCGAUAUGACCGUUAUUAUGAUGAAGGCCUAUAUGAGCGCCGCGGUGAACAUCCCCCACCUCCACCACCCAUUCUAGAUGACUUGUAUGAACGACGCCUUCCCCCGCUGCCACCUCAUCCUGAUUACCUGCGAUAUGGUCGACGAUCACCUCCACCACGUUACCCUCCUCCACCUCCACCAAUGCGUGGUUACGGCCCACCGGACCGCCGGCCAUACUAAGCGCGCGACAUACGCCGGGAGCAUCGCCGCCGAACCCUUGAUCGUUGGUGCGGGGCGCGGUACUGUGGUGUCAGCGUGUAAUCGUAACUUGUAGUGUCCGCGUCGGCUCCGCCCGGAUCCAUACUGCCGCCGUGGCUAUGCCGUGCCGCGCUGCUCUAGCAACCUAGGAUGGGCACACGAAGCUCAUUCGUGAUACCCCCAAAGGGCAUUACCCUGUUAUUGAAUAUCACUAUCAGUCCGAUUAAUUUUUUUCCUUUAGUUAGAAAUUACUGUCAAGAUCGAUCAUUCUUCUCGGUUAGGUUGAGGUACUGUUCCUUAAGUUCCUUUGUUUUAUAUUUUGUUGUAAUAUAGACCACAUUGUACUAUGAAUGUUAAGGAAUAAUUACAAAUAAAAGGAAGAACCGUACAGAUUAA